AUGUUCUUAGACGACGAAGACAAAAUCUCUGAAGGAGGGCAGGAUACCACCGGUGCGCCACAACAGCCCUCCAAGUCCUACGUGUGCCCAGAAUGGUGUCUGGAGGUGGAGGGAGGGAGCCAAGUCUCAAAGGGUAACUGGGCUCAGUGCUACGAAGUGUGGUGUCACAACAGACACUCCUGCAGCUGCAGGCCAAAGCCAGAGAGCAGUAUGCUGGAGAAGAUUCGGAAGUCGCUCACGAUUCGUAACACCGUCAUCAGGGAGCUGCUGGCAGAAGCUCUGGGGAUGUUCAUCCUCAUGAUUUUCGGCUUGUCUACUGUGGCACAAGUAGUAUUAGGAAGAGGAGCCUCUGGGGAACACCUGAGCAUCAAUAUGGGAUUUGGCAUUGGUGUUAUCUUGGCCAUCCAUGCAGCUGGAGGAGUUUCUGGAGCUCAUCUGAAUGGUGCCAUCACCCUCACACACUGCAUUUUAGGAAAUCUCCCCUGGAGAAAGUUCCCUGCUUACCUGGCUGGCCAGUGCCUGGGGUCCUUCAGUGCAGCAGCUGUUGUCUUUGCUCUUUAUUACGAUGCUCUGCAUGAUUACAGCAAUGGGAACUUUACAGUGAUAGGACCUAAUGCCACAGCAUCUAUCUUCUGCACUUACCCUGCCGCCCAUAUGUCUUUUCUGGGGAGCAUCUUCACAGAGUUUCUGGCGACUGUGAUGCUGCUCCUGGGCAUUCUGGUCAUCCAUGACGAGAAAAACAACGCAGCCCUUAAGGGCACACAGCCCCUGCUCACGGGUUUACUGGUCAUGGGCAUUGGCAUGGGGAUGGGGAUGAACACAGGCUACGCCAUAAACCCCUCUCGGGAUCUGCCCCCCAGGAUCUUCACAGCACUUGCUGGCUGGGGAAUGGAAGUCUUCACGGCUGGAAAUCACUGGUGGUGGGUCCCACUUGUAGCUCCAACAUUGGGAAGUCUUGCUGGUGUUUUAGUUUACAAACUCCUCAUUGAUUUUCACAACGAACCUCUGCUGGAAAGUGAGAAAGGACAGCUUGAGGUGGAGACCUCCAAGCUGUGA